AUGACCAAGAGCUUUGCCGACAUCGCGACGGCCAACAGACGACGCGUCAAGCAGGACCAACACGUGCGGAACAAGUUGGCCAAGUGCACAUCCGGACAAGAGCGAUUGCGCUGCGCAAUCCAGAUGAUGAUCAGCGAAGCCAAGAAAAUCACUAACGCGGUGGACAACACCAGCAUCCUACUCCUCGUGCUCAUGCAGGACAUCCUCGACCAGGAUUCCCUCGCCACGGACGACAACCAAGCAAGUGGCAGUGGAGCGGCAGCGCAUUCGAUGCACGCCGAUGCGCAGAGCCACGAAGCCAGCUACGAG